GAGUGUGGAGAAAGAGAGACGAGCUUCUGAUUCAGUGAUCAAGCAUUUCUGUGUUUUAUAGCAUGAUUACCUCAUUACUUUUGCGAUUGAGGAUGCUGCAAUGGAGGAAGAGGCAAAGGAGACUGCAUAAGCGACGUUAUUGGGUACAUCCAGUGAACUUUGUUCGUGCGAAGCAUGGGGUCUAUCACAGCCUGUAUUCCCAGCUUUGCAGUUAUCCGCAGAAGUUUCUAGACUAUUUCCGAAUGUCUGUGGAAACUUUUGAUAAACUUCUGCAGCUAGUUGGACCUGCCAUCCGUCGUCUGGAUACGAGAUUUCGAUCAUGUUUGUCUGCAAGGGAAAGACUAGCUGUAACCCUAAGGUACCUUGCCACUGGGGAAAGUUUUAGCUCCCUGCAUUACCAGUUUCGUCUUGGCAAGUCGACUAUUUGCUGCAUUGUACGGGAGACAUGUCAGAUAUUAUGGGAGAAGCUGCAACCACUUUAUUUACCACAUCCCACCUGUGACCAGUGGUUGUCAGUAGCAGAAAAGUUCAAUGAUGUGGCAAACUUCCCAAAUUGCAUCGGAGCAGUGGAUGGCAAACAUAUUCGGAUCAAGAAGCCUGCCCACAGUGGAUCCAGUUUCUAUAAUUACACUACCUGGAACAGAGGGUCCGCUGCUGCCCUAUGUGUUAGUGGGAGAUGA